CUUAAAAUGCUUGGCCAACGCAUCACAAGGGCUAGCGUUGGGCCACAACAUCGGGAGUCUGUGUAUUGGGUAGAGCAGCAAUAUGGUGCGGUUCAGACAAAAGUUAGAUUCAAACAUGUAUUUGAUAGUGAGGGACACAUUUGACUAUACGACAGGUAAAAGGUUCCUACAGAUUAUACAUAUGCUUUAAUUGACAGGAAACAAUUUUUKGGGUGAAGUCGGCAACAUUGUUAUAGUGUUACUUUCCGUCGAUACACACACCAGAACGAUGUACAACUCCRGGAGUCAAACCUACACUCAAUACACAGACUCCCGGUGUUGUCACUCACCUGUGCGCGACUGCGCGUGGAACCGGAGAAAGUGAAGCGCGAGGAUCAGCUGUCAUCUUGCUGUCAGCAGGUUCAGCUAAGCUUGUGUUUUCCAUGUCAAGAUUCGUGACAAUUCGGUGUUUUKCCAGAUCUCGACCUCGUGUCCGGAAUACACAUAAAGAUGGCGAAAAAGAGUAGUUCCAAAAAGUCAUUCAAAAGCUUGUUUUCUAAAAGCGAAGCCAAUUUAACCGACUCGGUGGAGAAAGAUGACGGUGGACGUAACAUUUUUAAACUCUUCAAAUUCAAGAAAAAGAGGAAACCCAACAAAKAUGAAGAGAAGCAAGUAGUCGUCGGUGCUGCUGAGACCAAUGGAUCUGGUGGUGAUGCCCUGAGGAGGGAUGCUGAGGACUGGCCUGAUGUCAGUCACACCAAGAAGACCAGAUCUCUGUCUGCUCCCAGAUCAAAGCACAUUACCCCCCCUCCCCCUCUCUCACUCACUAUACCUCCCUCUGCCUUUCCGUCUAUCGCUCGCAAACAGGCCAAGGACCUCAGCUACUCAGAGAUGGACCUCCGUGCCAAGCCCAAGAGGUUCGGCACGUUCACCUUUGGCUUGAAGAGGAGGAAGAAGAAGAGUGACGGGGAUCUCUCCCAGAGCAUCGUGGUCCUCCACAGCCCCGAGCCAGAGGUCAAAGGGCAAGAGGAGGAGGAGCCUCUGAACCUCAGCCUCUGGGACAUCGGCCAAGGCGGCACUCUGAACAAGAGGGUAAGGUUCGCUGUGUCUCAGCCUGACCUCAACACUAAGACACUGGUCACCUCUUAUCCUCCUCCCACUGUCCCCAAGAAAUCGCAGGCCCAGGAGCCACCGAUGGACAGUCCUAAGACUGCCACCAACCAACCAAAUUCCCAGAUGGAUAACAUUAUUCCUCUUGAAGUGGGCCGGGCUACAAGAACAGUUCCUUUAGCUAUGCCUGAGAUGGAGUGGAACGAGACCUCACAGGAAGAGGAGAGCCCGGAUGUUCAGUGUGACAACCCUUAUGCCUCAGCAGACCAUACGGACACAGCUUCUCUUAUGGAUGUUGAUAGCUUUAACCCAAGUCCUCCACCUUUCCCACCUAACCCACCUCUACCGUCCUAUCCAUCUAGCCCACCCCCCUGCUUCCCAUUGAGCCCACCUACAUCCUUUUCCCCCUUUAGCUCUCCUCCUACUACAGUUUACACCUCAAACCACAGUGACGAAAUGUCCCUCUCCCCCUUACCCAGCGCUGACCCUGUGAAUAGUGGUAUUUCUGAUCCCGUCUUUCCUGUUACUGAACUCUCACUUAGCAAAGCUGAGGCCUCUUAUGUUACCCUCUCCAUUGGCCAACCUGUUGUUGUUGAAAAUAUCAGCACGGUUACCCCUAAUACAGAUCCCUCUCCCAUUGCCUUGGACCCCAAUAUAGAAGCCACUAUUACUGAAACAGACACAACUGUCCCUGAAGUUAAAACCGAGACCUUUCCACUCAACUCUGAUACUUUGGCWGACAACACUGAGACACCUAUUCUCAUCACCGCCACCUCUGCUCUUAUCACUGUCAACCCUGUUACUGACAURGACACCGACUCCAUCAAUGACGCCUCUGUCUCCACCGCUGAUACAUCUAGGCCUAUGCCUGAAACUGUCACCUCCAUCACCUCUGAAGCGAUCAGCACCGUUAWUGCUGAUCCUGGCCCCUCUCUCGCUGAAAUGGUCAUCCCCGUUCCAAGCACUGACAAAUCUACACCUGAAAUGCGAGCCUCCAUUGCAAACACUGUCAACUCCAUUACCAACAGUGACAACACUGUCCCCAACACUGACACUUUCUCUGCCAACACGGAGGUAUUUGGAACUCUGUGUGACUCACUCUUUCCGCAAAGUUUCACCUCGGAGCAAGAAUCUGCCACAUCAGACAAUGACUCUACCGAGGGAUGCCUUGACACCAACCUACCCGUAAUAAAUGAUGUAACUAACCCACACCUGUCCUUGGAUAACCCCUUUGACUCACCAAGUCCCAUUUUACCUGAAUCAGUUAAACAGGAGUCUGAAACUGCCAUUGAUCACACUGAAGCUAGUGCCGGUGACCCCACCCAAUCAACUCCGUUACAGUUUGCCACUGACGCCCCUGUCCCCGACAUGGACAUACCUGCCACUGCAGUCUCCAAAAUGGAUGCCAGCCAUCCUGACACAGACACCACUGCUUCCCCUAAUACUAACCUCACUGUUACUGAUACUGACUCUCAACCAGUAUUCGGAGAUCUUUACGACUCUCUUUUCCCUGGAAUGUUUCCCUCACAUCACAUGUCUGGCCACACCGCAUCUGCUACCAGUAGUUACACUUCUGGCGUUGUGACAUCGGACGUUACGAUGGACACUCGAUGCACACCUACUAAUAUAGACACUUCUUUUGAAAACGUGCUUCCCUCUGUUCCUCAAAUAGACACUGCCCACCCUAACACAGAUAUCUCCCUCACUGAGCCUGAGGCUUUUGCCUCUCUGUGCUUUGAGCCUACACUCCCCACAACUGAGCCAAUGGAAAUGGAUGACUUAGAGCCUGAGCUUGCCACCUCAGACUCACCUCUCCCAAAUACUGAUAUCGCUGUCCCUGAUACUGGCUCUAGUCACACAUAUGAAUCUCUCUAUGACUUUCUUUUCCCUGAACGUUUUCCUUCUGACCAAGUGUCCACCAUUUCUGACCCCGUCCUUGAUAAACCAGUCUAUGUUACGGACACUGAUUCUGAUCUGCUCCGACCAGAUUGCAACACUCGACCAAACCGUGUUGAUCAGUCGGAGCCUUUGCCCUCAGCUCUUCCAGUUUACCUUGAUACGGAGGACACUGAAAACACAGAUCCCGUCCUUCAUCAUUCUGACAUGAACAUUGAUAACUCUGAUCACAUUCUCUCAGACAAUGUCACCCUCGUUUCUGACAUUCUUAGCGCUAGCCAUCCAAGCACUAAGAAUUCCAGUACUCUUGAAACCCCCAUCUCCAUUGGUGCGUCCGUCUCCUCAACAAUAGCAGAAACAAUGGCUACUGAGACAGGUCAAGAAGCAGAAGUACAGAUUAUGGAAGAGRAAAAGGGACAGAUUGAGGAGAAUAUUAUGUCCUAUGACGUAGACCUUGUCAGGGAAAUAUCAAAUGAUAUGUCCACCAUGGUUACUGAGAAAGUUCAAGAAGCAGAAGUACAGAUUAUGGAAGAGGCCAACAGCAUAGAUUCUAAUAGACAGAUUAAGGAACAUAUGCCCUGUGAUGCAGAAGUUAACAGGGCAAGCUCACAGCAUGUGAUCAUACCAGAGAACAGCAAUGCCAUGGAAGUCGCUAUACCAGCGGUCCAUUACAGCAUCCUGGAGGAUUACAUGGAGGAGAGUGGAGUUGAAGAAGUAAAAUCAGAGGAAAUGAAAGGAAGGGGAAAGCAAUGGAGGAAUGGUAAUGAAACCGUUGAAGUGGGAUGGAGUUUGGGGUCACAGAAAGUAACGGAAGUAAUGUUAGAAACAAAGGAUAGAGGUCAAGAGAAUGAAGUCCACCGAGAGGAGAAGAGACACAUUGAGUCCCCAGAAGACAGUGAUGCAGAGAGGCUGGUGCUGGUGGAGGAGAGAGGAGCGAGAGAAGUCUCGUCACUGGUGAAAGAAGAGUGGGAGGAUGGGGUGGAACCAGCCCUACCUGUUCAGCAGGUGCACACACUCAUGGAAUGUGAGUCGCCCACCCCGCCUUCCAUCACAGAGCAGCAUGGAGAGGAGGAGGAGUCAGGGAGUAACCGGAGUGCAGUUACACACGCUUACCUGGUAACAGAGGCCCGCGCUGAUACACAUACACUCAGACAGACCCCAGGCCACGAAGAGCCACAGGAGUCUCACAGCGCCGAGAAUAAACACGCUGCCACCGACAACAGAGAGCGACAGGACACACUCGCAACACAUAACACACUCGCACACACCACAGACCGAGAGGGGAGCGUUUCAGACACACACACAGCAGAGAAAGCGGACCUAGUCACUCGUACUACCGAGGACACAUCCUCUUUCUCUGAGCAGAAAGCAACAAUAAACACCACGAGCACACAUGGCGAGAACACAUUCACACUUGACAGAGAAGAGACAGCGACAGACACAGAGUCCAAAACACACACUGGAACGAUAGAACAUAAAGGGACACUCGGUACUGAGUGGAUAGACAGCAUUGUCACGCAGGGAACAGACAGAUCCAGUUCAGAGCCAGUGCCAGAGCAGGUGGCAGUGAAUCSUCCAGUCACACGAGACACAGUCCUCGACAGACUUCGAAAGAGARCCAACGGUCUUGCCACUGAGGACACAGAGAGACCCGGUGCAGAGCCAGAGCAGGUGGGAGGGAAGCUAUCAGUCACUGCAGACACACUCCUCAACUCACUGAGGAACAGAGUCAAAUUCCUCAGSCAGCCCGAAGGGUCUCUGGAUGCUUCAGCUGUUCUCAGUACAGCUUUAGAAGACUCUGAGGACUCCGAUUCAGAAAUUCAGCAGAUAGUGGCUGAUCUGGAGUCAGACAGCGAGAUGAAGUCAUACAGUUCCACCCUCACUCUAAGACCCUCUCCCACCCACAAGGGCAUAGACAAAUCAAAACAGGGCUUCCGCAAAGUUUCCCUGGUCACUGACAAUGACACCACAGACCACACUGAAGACAGUGUGGACUACAGUGAAAGCACUGUCAAUGAUCCGAAUAGAACUGAAAGUGACCUAGGUCCAGUCGCACCAGAAUACAAAUGGAGGAACCUGUACGAGGGGGUGCAAACUACUUUCGAACCCACAGGGGAGUCCUGGCGCUCUGACUCUCAGUCAGAUGAGUCAAGAGUGUCCACAUACGAGGGACACUACUCCUCCCUCUCCCCCUCCCUCUCUGUGUACACACUCACYUCUCACGGGCCGCCAUUCCAAGAACCUGGCUUGUCCUCCCUCUCCUCAGAGACACCCCGUUCCCCCGGCAACGGCCGCUGGUUGAGUGACAGGAGCGAAGUUCAGUUGACCCGGGAGAGUAGCGAGCCAGAGGCAGGAACAGGCAGGGGGAGUAGGAAGGAGUGGGAGGAGGAGCUAGCCACUGCACCUGCAGGACAGAGAGAGAGAGAGGUAGAGCAAGAGGGGAGGGAGGGAGAGUCCAUGGCAAGGAAGAUAAAGUCAGGCUGCGACUUGCAAUCACUCCCAGUCUCAAAYUUCUCCUCGGCGGGUCAGACCAUUGACAACGUGGACUACAGCAGAGGCAGCAGUUACUCCUACUCCGGACAGUACAAGGCCACACGCGUGGAUCUGCUCCCUUCCCCCUCCUCCUUGGACCCUUCCCCCUCUUCCUCUCCCGUGACCCCUGACCCGGACUCCCCCUAUAACCGCGACAUAGAGAGCCUGGUGGACACCCUGAAGAGCAUGAACCCUAACCUUCCCCAGAGGCAGAGGAGGCUGCGUGGGACCACCGCCCCCUCCAUCAUCUCCUCCCUGCCCUCCAUCGAGGAGGACACCCCCAGCUCMAGCCCCACCAAUACCAAAUCUCCCCAGGUGCCACCUGGGUCUCUGCUGGAGGGCCCCAACAGCCGCUACAACCUGCCCGCAGACCUUGGCCUCAACUGGAGUGCCCCCAAGGAGAUGCAUUCCCCUCUGGAGUUGAUGAAGCUCCAACAGCAGCUCCAACAGCAGCAGCAACAGGAGCAGCAGGCUGGAGACCACCAUUGGAACCGUGGAGGUCUCAACCUCCCACUCCGAGCCUCGGCUCUUAGCAGCAUCGUCAUGAGGAAGAGCUCCUUGGGCAGUGACUCUUCCCCAGAGCACUCGCCGUCCCCUCUGCUAAACGGAGGGAGCAGCAACCAGUCUCCAAACCCCUCGCGCCUGGACAGGUCCCUCCUCUACUCCAGCUAUCGUUCAGCAUCGAUUGAUCAACCACAGGAGAACGGCAAGGCCCAUAGCCCAGGCCAGCGGCCCUCUCUGUUCCGUACGGGCUCCCUAACGGACAUAGGGCCUAACCAGGACCACAUGAGCUCAGGGCCUGGUAUGGGCAUGGCUGGUGGGCCUGGUAGCGGACUUGGAUUUGAAUCWGGAGUUGGAACCCAAACUGGAACAGGARCUGACCCUUCAACCCACUUCCGCUACGACCGUUUCUCCUCCCGGAUGUCUGACUCCUUAACCGGAAACAACACAGACACCAACUCUCRAAUGMGCAGGCCCCCUCCUCUCCCUAGCUUCACCUCUACCCGAGAAGGCCUUCUCAGUCCCACAAGCUCAUCUCUGGACAUCCACAGGUCUUUCGCCAAUGCUAAUGAGUCCGCAUUAAAGCUCAGCCCGGGGCUGGGUGGUAUGGGUUCCAAUGGCAACGUGGGCUCUGUGGGCUCUAUUGGUCUGGGUCUGCAGAGGAGCUUCAGUAACGAAGGCCUGAACUCACCACUGUUCAACAUGGGCUCGCCCCAUGGAGGGUCUCACUUCAGUCCAGAGGCUGAGAAGAACCUGGUGCCCAAGUACAGGGCUUUCCCUGACGCCUAUCUCACCAAGGAGAAAGAACAUGGAAAGCUCAACCCUCGACCAGGAAAGAUGUUCAUCUUUGACCGGCCAGGGAUGUGUGGCCAGAGGAUGGAGGUGUGGAGUGAUGUCGUUGAUGCCACACCCUGGCAACURCAGGAGACCAUCUCUAUCAGGGUUGUCAGAGGAGGCUGGGUCUUGUACGAGAAGCCCAACUUCAAAGGGGAGAAGAUCGCUCUGGACGAGGGGGACAUAGAGCUCACCUACCCCUUCGACCCCCCUGAGGAGGUAGAGGGACAACAACCGCAGAAUGGAGAGGACAGCCAGAAGGAGGGAGGAGAAGAAGUGGUGGCGGCCAAGCCGGCCAGGAGGUUCAUCAUAGGAUCAGUACGAAGAGUAGUCAGGGACUACAGUGUGCCAGAGAUCAGUCUGUUCCCAGAGGAGAAUGCCGAGGGGAAGAAGGUGACCUUCAGAGACACGUCAGAUGACGCCAGGAUAUUYGGCUUCCCCAUCAAAGCCAACUCCAUCAUCAUCAACGCUGGACUAUGGCUGGUAUAUGCUCAGCCUUUCUUCCAGGGCGUACCACGUGUUCUGGAGGUGGGGGGGUUCCCCAACCCCGCAGCCUGGGGCGUGGAACAACCUUACGUGGGCUCCGUGCACCCUCUCAAAAUCGGUGAACCAAGAGUGGAGAARCCUGGUGAGCCCAAGCUGGUGCUCUAUGAAAAGCCCUACUUCACUGGGAAGACGAGGACAAUCUACACCAACAUGAGAGACUUCAUGACCAGGAAGGAUAGACAGCAGACUACCUUCAUGUACAGCCCCGGGUCCAUCAAAGUACAGGGAGGCUGCUGGGUGGGCUAUGAGAAGGAGGGUUUCCGAGGCCACCAGUAUAUGUUGGAGGAGGGAGAGUACCAUGACUGGAGGGUGUGGGGGGGCUGCGAUGCCGAGCUGCGCUCUGUCAGAGUCAUACGAGCGGACCUGACCGAGCCAUGUUGGUGUUGUAUGAGCAGCCUGACGUGGAGCAGGAGGUGGAGCAGGACACACCUUUGAGGUGACCGAGGCCUAUUCCUGACGUGGAGCUGUUUGGCUUCCG